AUGAUACACCGUCAGUUUGAUGGUCCAUGCACCCUCGCUGCUCUGGCGCGCACUGCUCGAUGCUUCCUGGACGUAGCCCUCGAUACGCUGUGGAACACCCAGACGUCCUUGAUACCGCUUGUCAAAUGCUUCCCGCAAGACCUCUGGAUAGAAACGAGGGACGGUGAUGGGUUCCGUGUUGUGUCCCUUGUGGCGGAACCGAAGCCAGAAGACUGGACGCGCGUCAAGCUCUACGCCGCUAGGAUCAGAGACAUCACCCUGAGCGCAUCCGUCCUGAGCAGCCAACGCUUGGAGGGCAAGUUGGCUGGAGACGCGUUCGUAACUUUGAAGACGUCUCUGGGAUCGGAGCCGUUCCUCCCGAACCUGCACUCCUUUGCUUGGGAGCAAGCCCAAGGAGAAGAGGUGCACGCCCUGGCUUCCUUCCAGCUCAUGCUCAGCCCGCACGCUUCCUCCAUGAACGUCAAGAUGGACAAAUGGAGCGAUGAGUCGGCGCAAGCGAUUGCCACCGCGCUGAACGAAUACGGCGAGAAAGCCGUGCAGCUGCGCUCCAUCACCGUUCUGUACACAAGUCCAACCUGGAAAUGCCCGCCCAUCGAGAAAGCCGUCCUGGCACUGGGCUUCCGUCAACAGAAUCUGCAAGCUCUCGUGUGCACAUGGCAGAACAAGAUGUCGCUCGAGACGAUCACCCAGCUCUCCAAACUGAACACCCUGCAGAAAGUCUCCAUCAAAGCCGACCGCGCAACGACGACCCAGCUCCUCGAGAUCGCACGGAGCACCAGCGGCACCUUCUUCUCCUCCCUCCGGCUCCUCUCGCUGCACACCGACACGCUCGCCCUCUGCGAAGACUGGCUCCACGCGAUCCGCAGCUCCGCGCUCGACAGCCUCACCUUCAUCGUCGACGAGCCCCCAACCACGGACGAGCUCCACGCGUUCCUCGCCCGCCUCGCCGCGCCCUCGCAUCGCCUGCACAGCGGCAAGCUGCACCAGCUCCGCCUCGUCUCCCGCAAGGCCGCCCCGCGCCCGUCCUCGCUGCACAACGUCACGCCCGCGACGCUCGAGCCGCUCCUCCCGCUCGACCUCACCGCGCUCCAGCUCGAGCCCGGGUGCCCCGUCGACGUCGACGACGCGUUCAUCGAGCGCGCCGCGCGCGCGUGGCCGCGCCUCCGCACCCUCGAGCUCGCCGCCGAGCUGCGCCGCUACGCCGGGGCCCCGCGCGUCACGCUCUCCGGGCUGUUCCCGCUCGCGCAGCACUGCCCGGAGCUGUCGACGCUGGGCCUGCCGUUCGUCGCGGACGCGGGCGCGUUCCAGCCGCGCUUCGACGCGGGCGACCGGCCGACGGACGGCGUGUCCUUUGGGCUCGACGCCCCGUUCACGCUGGGGGUGGGCGGCUCGAUGAUCAACCAGGGCACGGACACGUUCCUGCUCGCGGGCGUGCUGUCGGACUUGUGUCCGAGCCUGAGGUCGGUGCAGACUGCGUGGAACCGCGUGGGGAAGGUGGCCGGGGCGAACGUGGGACGGCUGGAGGUCGAGCUCGACGAUAUGGCGGACAGCUGGCGGCAGAUUGACAGGUUCGCGGUGGAGAUGGCGCGUGUGAGGAGGCAGGAGCGGAUGUGGAUGGAGUGA